AGUGUGGAGCAGCGGUGGCGAAGGGCGGUUGUUCCAUUGGACGCGAGGUGGCUCUGGUGUGGCGUCUGGAUCAAUAUCAACCCGACGGGGAGCUGGAAGGGGCGGUAGAGUAGCCUAGUGAUCCUUGGUGUUUCUGCGGCUCCUCUCCCUUGUUUAUGUGGAUCGUGUGCGUGGCGAGAGCUGCCCGGGUCACGAGGGACUACUGAGAGGAGCGGGUGAGGGAGGAUGUGGGCGGCGGCGAGGGUGUGGGCGUGGCUGUGGGCGUGGGUGGUGUGCAUGGCCAGGCUGACCACGGCUAUGCCCACUUGGCAGUCAUGCAAAGCGGAGUGUGAGAGUCACUUCACCAACACUGAUCUCCUGCAGGCGGCCCUCUCAGCGACAUGCGGGCGUGGGUGCGACAUGUUUACCCUGGCGCUCAUCACUACGCCCCAGAGGACACGCGUCAUCCACCUGGGGCCUGUCGUUAUGCCCCCGCGACCUCCGCCCCCGCCCCCCGCAGCUCCCCCCACGACCUGGUGGUGGAGGUGGAGGAGCAGCAGGUCAUCGGGGCGGCGCAGAACGGAGUGGGACCAAAUGCAGACCACAAGACCCGCCACACCACCACCCAGCCCGCCGACCACCCCGUGCAGGACCAUCCCGCCCACCACCAGCCCACCACCACCCACCCGGAGGAGGCCACCCCGACCCACCACCAUCCUACCACCACGCAAGUUCCUGCCACACAUCCACCCUCCACCACCACCACCACCUCUACCACUUCCACCACCUCCGCCAUCAACCAGCCCGCGGUGCCCCUGCACGGUGACUCGGCGCACCACAGCGCCAUCAUCAUCCUGGGCGGCGACUCCCAGCAGGAGAUGAAUCACGAGGAGGUCGCAGGGCAGCACAUAGGCGAGGCGGUGGGGGAGAGGGAGAGGCUGCAGCAGGCCAAGGACUCUUGCAGACACGCCUGCGGGACGGCCUACCAAGUGUCGGCAGAGCGCGAGGCCUGUGUCGUGGGCUGCCACCUGCAGGCCGCCACAGCAGCAGGCGCCCCGCGGCCCAAGCCAAGGUCCCCGCUGGCUUUCUUCCAGCACGUGAUGGUGUCCCUGGCGGGGCACGUGGGCCGCCUGGUACGCAUCACCUCCUCCUGGACUUCCAGCACCGCCCAGACGCGCUACCAGGAGAGCCGCCAGCUGAGCCACCAUUACCAGCCUGCGCACCACCAGCAGGAGAGCCACAAGCAGCAGGAGGGGCACCACCAUCAACAGCCCCACCACCAGAGGGAGGGCCACCACUCGGCACCAGGCCGCGGCGACGACCAGCGGGAGCGUGAGGCCACAGGCGAGAAGCAGCAGGUGGCGGGACCUCGCGUGUACUACUCCCAGCUGCUCGGCCACUACACUAUAGGAGCUGGGUCCGGAGUGCUACUGCCUGACCCCCACGCCAGCCACCACGACUGCCGCCACCGCCACGUGACACAGCAGGGCCAGCAGCAGCAGCAGGACACGCCGCAGCACCUACAGCACGACAAACAGCCUAAGGAGCAGCACCAGCCAUACCACCACCACGUCCACCAUCAGCAGGAGCAACAGCAACACCAACAACAGCAGCAACAGCAGCAGCAGAAUCAGCAGCCGGCACAAACCCAGCAGGGGCAGCAGCAACUGGACCUGCUGGAGUGCAUCUCGCGGAAGUCAGGACUGCCCCGCUGGUUCAUUGCUGUCACCAUCUUCACCUCUGCCCUGGUAAUCCUGUGGCUGUGCUUCACCCUCACAGCGCCGCCCGAAGACAUCAAGGUGGUGAAAACAAAGCCGCCCGAGCUGGAGCUGGAGGAGGACCUGGAUGACUAUUUGGAGGACGACCUGACCUGCUCCGAGAAAAAACAGUUGCUGGCUCAGGCCGAUGACGUCAUCAAGAUUAAGAUUGAGAAUGUGUAAGAGA